AAGUUGAUCCAAUGAAGAAACCAACCCUUUGAAAAGUUUCAUCCUUAUUUACUGACGAUCAAUUCAACCUUUUUUUUAUUGUAAUUUUACCAUUCUCUGUUCAACCUUUUUCUUGCUUUCCUUUCCUUCCUUUUACCAUUGAUAAUCAGGUUAAUGAUAACAUUACACCUAUACUGACCAUUACCAGGUAAGAAGCGCAUCACUCAUUAACAUGAUGAUACUCACAAUUAUCACAACAUGCAAUAUGGACAACCUCAAUCUCCACCCAAUGAGAAAAAAACGAAAGUGAGAAAACACUUUCUUCCAUGUUUACUCAUCACCAAGUUCAUCUUUAUCAGACUCAAUUUCACCUUAAAUUCACAUCUCCUUGCCCAAUCAGAUUGACCAGUUAAUAUAAAAACCGAUUGAUAUUGAAAAAUUAUGAUCACUUUAUUAUUAUCUCAGUGAGUGUAACCAUUUGGAUUUAACUCUCAACAUCAGUCCAACAUCGAAAACACUUUGACCAUUACAAUCAAAAUGAAAUCAUUAUUCAUCAUCUUGGUUCUUUUUUCAUAUGUUACCUUCACAUUAACCAAGCCAAGAAUGAAGCGAUCGCCAUAUGAACUAGCAAUGGACGCUGACAAACUGUUAGCUGGACCCAUCAAGGAAACCUUUUCCUGUGAAGGACUCAGAUUUGGUUAUUAUGCUGAUGUUGACAAUGAAUGUAAAAUAUUUCACAUUUGCUAUCCUCGACAAUUAGCUGAUGGAAGUGCCAUUAUGGAGCAUUACAGUUUCAUUUGUGGAAAUCAAACCGUUUUCAAUCAAUUCUCGCAAACCUGUUCACAUCCAGAUGAAGCUGUUCCCUGUGAACAAUCAAGAGACUUUUAUUAUCUCAAUGAACGAUAUGGUGUUGAGGAUGAAAACUUUCACCGAGAUGAAGAUGUAAAUGCUUACAAUAGCAUUGUAUCUGAAUAUGGUACUAGAAAACGAGGAUCGAAAUAGUUUGGUCAAUAUACAAAGAUCAAUGGUCAAUCUCUGUGUUUGUUAUGUUUUGUCAAAUUGUCCAAAUGAUGAGAUUUUCGUUCAUCCACAAAAUGUAGAAAAAGAAAUGUGAUUACGAUAUUUUUUUUCAAUCAAAUUGAUGAGUGUUUUUGAAAUUUCAAGGUUUAAUGAGUGUCUAAUUUUCAAUACAAUUGUGAGAUUAAAAAAGUGUCUUCAUUAAUCCAAUUGUAAAUCGUCCUUUUUUUCAAGUCUCCUGUCCAACUCUAGCCUUACGCAAAAACAAAGUAAUCUGUAUAAUUGUACAAAUAUUGUAAUCCAAUAAUAAUAAACGAUUUAAACACAAGUGUGAAUUUUUUUUUCUAUCUCAAUCUGUCAUCAUUUGCACAGACACUUUCCUUCCCAAGUAGCUCUCCUUUUUUCGUGGCUUAUUGCGCAGUUUCGGGUCCAAUAAGAGGAACACUUUCCACCACAUUCAGGGCAUGGUCUUUGUAGGGCAUAGCCACCACAUUCAGCACAGUCAAGGGAUAUAUGGUGAUCGUACCAACUAACUCCACAGGUAAAACAUGAUUCAUAAGAUAAACGGAGUCCUUCGAUGGUUGGAAUGUCAGAGAAAUGGUCUUGAUUUACUUCAGUUGUUGGCAUGAUUGUGAUUAGUUUAGACGUAUUUAGUGAUAAAAGAUGAAAAUGUCAAGAGUAAAAAGAUCACAGUGUAAUGAAAACGGAUGGCAAAAAGAGAGCAAUAAGAGAGUGAAUGGAUGGAAAGGAGGAAAGUAUAAACCAGGCUUGGUG